AUAUUUUUGGAGCUGCUGCAACAUUUUUCUCUGGAUAUUACUCUCUAUGAACGCCUUCUAAUUUGGUUGUAAAAUGGCUAUUCAGGGUUUGUUAGCAAUUACAGAGACUAUAAUGUACUUUGUGGUUGGUAUAACAGGACUCGUCGCAGCUAUAACAGUUGGAAUUUCAAGAGAUGCCUUUAGCAGUCAGUGUAUCCUCUACAGUGAAAUCAAAUGGUGUAAUGAUACAGCAAUGGGUUUCACAGACCUGGGAAGCAACACAGCAUGUUCAUUUGCAGUUGGCAUUGAAGUUAUUGCUUCUUUAUAUGCCAUUUUGUUUGGCAUUUACUAUGUUCUCAUCAUCAUUGGCAAGGUUGAAGGAUGGAAAUUUCUAACAAUUCCCAGUAUCAUCAUCAAUGUGGCUUUCACAUUGGUCUUAUUCGUUGAAUCUUGCAUCGUCAGUGUUGGUUUUAAGCAGUUCUGUGAUGGACUCACUUCAGGGCCACAUGUAAAGGAUUGUUCGAAAGGCUCCAAAAUUUCCAACUGGAACAUACACGGACAUUGUGCAGAGAAGGACAUUACCUUCAAGCAGCAUGACCCAUACAGUGGAGAUCUGUAUUUUGGAUUCUUCACAACGGGCCAGAGUGCAUCUUGGUUUUCUGUUCUCUUCUGGUUAAUCAUCUCCAUCCUGUCCAUCAUCAGACGUGUUAGAGAUAAACCAACGUUGGAUCCAAACUCGGACAAGGCAGCCAUCACACCCAAUGCCGUCAUCUAAAAAUACUAUGACUGUCAUUGUAGUAUCUUUGUCUCAUAGCAAAAGAGAGUAAAUUUGAUUGCUUCUGUGGGCUUGUUCAUAAAGUGUUCCAGUCGUUUUUGAGUUCCUAUCACAGCAUUGGUUAUAUGAUGCUCUCGGGACUCACCUUUAUUGGUAAAUAGUUUACCGAGAGAUUACAUGUUGCUUUUAUUAGUGACUUAAAGUACGAUUAAACAUUAAAAUCUAUGUGUAUGAAACAACCCUAUAUCUGCUUUUUAUGUGACCUUUUGGUUGAGCACAAGUACAAAAAUCAAAUGCAAUUUGAUUUUACUUUUAUGU